AUGGAGACAAGUCGUAUCACAUUCCCGUUGUUAGGGACAUGUGCCGUUGAAAACUUUCAUGCUGUAUCUGGUCCCUGUCUUCAGCCUACUAUUGUUGAGCUCCCAACCGAACUUGGAAACGUGGUGGAACGCGUGCUGAAGGUUCUCUCUGCUGGCUUGGAACACAGACCAUACCCUGCACCAAUCCCGACAGAACUCCUGUUUGGGAUAUGUCAUGCCCUUCAGGGUAAUGGCGACGCGGAUGGUCCUGUCCUCUCUAUAAUGCCUCGCGUUCUAUCUAAACUACGACCAUGGAGGCUCCUGGACGAAAAGAUCAGGUGCACCUCUCGAGGGCUUCGUGCGUUGGCCUUAGAGUUAGCCAACAUUCGACAGGAAGGUGCACCACGCCAGGCCACUUCGAAAGAGGCAUCCAUAUAUCCCCCUCACCAAAAUGUCGAAGGAAUUCAUUUGGAGCAGACCGAGAAGGAAAACCCCAAACCGCUCGAGAUGACAGCUCUUAACCGUAAUGAAGACAUACCGUGGCCAGGGCUAGCAGAUACGCCGUCCUCCCGUGCCGUCAUUAAUCCGAGUCACAAAAGCAAACCAAGACUCUCUAUUAGUCCCCGCUUAAUUAACUCCCGAUUACCACAUCGACGAACUAGCAGCUCCGAAUACCGGAGCGGAUGUGCCGCUUGUCGUCAACCGCGCAGUUCAUCUGCUUCGCCUCCACAAAGCCCCCUUGCUGAGCGGGAGCCUAUAUCUAACACGCGGACGGGUGCACCUUUGGCGGGACGGGCCGGUGCCCUAUCGGAGUGCCAAUAUCCAAAGAAGCCUUCCUCAAUGCGUAGAACGGACAUCGAUGAGAACACUCCACCGCUACUACCGAGACGGGCGAGCAUUAAUUCAGGCCUUGGACUACAGCAUCCGCGUACGCCUGCCAAAGCAUCCUUCACUUCGCCGAGACCGUGCAUGACAUCUCGCGUUCGGUCCCCUUCAACGGCUACCGGCAGUAAACCACAGUUGCAUCCUAGCCAUCCUCGAACCCACGAAAUUGGCUCCCAUCAAAACGAGGGUGUUAGCCGGCGAGCUAGUGAUCGUGCUCUGUCGAAUAGUUGCCGGUCCAAAGCGCAGAACGUUUCUCACGCUCAGAUUUGA